AUGUCUGGUAUCGAAAUAGCUGGCCUCGUGCUCGGGUGCUUGCCUCUGCUUAUACAAGGUAUUGAGUCUUAUAAUGAAGGCCUCGACCCUAUCAAAAGCUUUAUGCGCUGGGACAAGGAACUUCCGCAAUGCAUUCGAAAGCUUCGUAACCAGCACGUCCACUACUCUCAGACGAUCCGCAUCCUCCUCGAGCCUAUAACCGCCGAUGUCGAGUUGGCGGAAAUGAUGACCGACCCGGGAUCGUCACAGCUCUGGAAGGACAAAGACAUGGCGAUGAAGCUUCAGGAUAGGCUUCAAGAAUCUUACCAUGCAUACCAAGGCACAAUUGGGGAUAUCGAGCGCAUCACGAAGCAGAUUGCAAGUAAGCUGGACCUGGAUCGUGCAAACGAGUUAAAACGCAACGACCUCGAGGCCCUCCUUGCAGCGAAUCCCAAGAAGGGGCACGAUAAGUUCGAGCUCACGAAGCGGAUCCGGUUUGGCAUGAGUAAAAAGACCAUCAAGGCGCUGCUUGAGGAGUUAAACGAUUGCAACCGGGAGCUUGAACGAUUCACCGAGAAGAGCGAAAAGAUCGAGACGUAUCGCAAAGCUGCUAAGCCGUCGUUUGCUACUCGUCUGCAGCGUAUGCAAGGAUACGCUAGGAAUGUGCACACGUCUCUACGUUGGUCUUGCUCCUGUAAGACUACGCACCGGACGAGUCUUCGGUUGGAAGCUAGAGGAAACCUCUACGCGUCUGGCAUGAAGACAUUCAAUCCCAACAGGACGUGCUUCACGGUGUCAUUCUCUUCACUUGCCGCUGGCGCCGACGUACCGUGGGCAUGGCAAGCUGCAGAGAUCAAUAUCGAAGAGGAUGAUGCAAGCCUCAGUCCAGUGUCUUUGCCAAAGGCUCGCAUGACGAAGAGCGUUUCUUUCAGCUCGCCGCCACCGUAUUCCCUUAGCGAUCCUGUAGCUGAUCCAUCACAAUCAAUGCAAGAAGUGAAGGAUCUAUGUGCAUCAAUACAGCAGCUUCAAACCACCACGUCUCGCAUAGGUUUAUCUCUUGACACGAAGAAGAAGCUGCGAGGUGUUUACACCAUUGAUGCAUCAGAGAAGCUGACUCCCCCCUCGGAUCUGGUCAGUCUUGAAGACCUCCUAGACCGGCGCCCGACAGUGAAUGGAAGGCGCGCUAAAUUGAGCAAGAAGGAGCGAUAUAGCUUAGCGUUAACAUUAGCGUCCAGCGUACUCUACCUCAACUCGACACCAUGGCUCACGAAUCAGUGGGCUGCUAAGGAUAUUAGGUUCCAUCCGAGCUCAGCUAUCUCUGACUUGCUCGAUAUUGAGCAUCCCUAUCUGGCACCAACAGCGAUUGAGCCUGUAGACAGCGUGACUGUUAAGACGAAGGCUCUCACCUUUCAGAACAAGAACACUGUUCUGCUCGCGCUUGCAGUCACACUUCUGGAGCUGUACUUUGGGACAACUGCAGAGAAGUAUCAGGAGACUGAGCACGGUACUUGCAACCCGACGCUUCACCAGAAUUCAUGGUUGCUAUGCGCUAUGGCGCACCAAUGGGCAGAAGAGUCGCAGGAUGAGCUGUCCGCUGCGUUCUUGAAUGCGGUCAGGCAUUGCUUGCGAUGCUUCAGCGACCCUGGGGUCAGCCUGCAGGAUUCCGACUUCUUGCAAGCCGCCGCGGAGGGCAUUGUACUGCCGCUGCAGGAAGAGCUACAUCAAUUCCUGGGCAAGUCAUGUUGA